CCGGACCACACUUUGAGAAACACUGCCAUAGAUGACCAGCAAACAGGAGAUGAAUGUAUGGAGGCCAUGUCUCUUCACCACACCACUGACCGUGACUUAGUCUUCCAGAAGAUGAAAGAGACAUUCCAAUAUCGUUAACAGAUGCUCCAUGACCCACAGCAAUCAGCAGAUAUACUUCAAACAUUUCCUCGUUUCUUGGACAUGAAGGGACUGAUUUUGCAAGACUUCUUGUUGAUGUUUGGAGCAGAGACUGCUUCCAGGUUCCUGGGAAAGUGGGAGACCGGUUUUAAAGACAAGGUCAUCCAAGAGGCCAGGGCCCUCAGAGAGACACCUCUCCUGAAAAAACUGCUGACAUCUGCCCUGAAUGAAAAACCUGACACUGCAGAUGAGCCAGAGUGGGACAGCAACAUGGCUUCUCUUCUUGUCUUCCUGCAUCUUCUCACUCCACAACCAGCUGGAAGGAAGAGGCCAAAGAAGAUCAGUGUCAGAGAGGCAACAGAUCAUCUGGUAAAAUUCCAAAAGUCCUGCCAGAGCCUGGAGGAUCACCUCAGGACCACUGAAGGAAACCCUCAGCCAUAUCUUCUGGCCUCAGGAACUUCAAAAGCACAGGUUUCCAGCUUCUACAUAGUCUUGGACAGAAAGCUUCUUCCAUGUCAGUCAUGCACAUCCUUGGAUCCUUGCUCCUGAUAUCCUGAUGUAUGGGUUGCAUUUCAUUAUAUGACUCCAACAGAACACUCACAGAAAGGAGAAUGGUGUCAAACUACAAGACAGCCAGCAUGUAAACAAGGCCUUGUUUGUCCUUGUUUGGCUACUCAUUUGUUUAUUUCCUGAAGAGGCUGAAGCAUGCUGGCCUUGACACCUCAGUCCUUGCUUCCAUUAACAGGUGUGUUACAGAGCGCAUCCUCACAUCAUGAUCUACUGCAGUGGUGGAAACAGAGGACAAUUGGCAGGAACAUCUGCUCUCAUAAAAAAAGUCUUGGUGCUAAGCCUACCUACACUUUUCUUUGUCUACCACAUACCAUACUCUAUAAGGUUCCUUGAGGGCUUGAUUCCUAUGGGUAAAUGUGAGUUAUCCCAUGCAGACAUGAAGCUAGACAAUGCUGGGGACAAAGGUCUUAACUUUGGGUCUAGAACUGACGUUCAGACCUGCACAUACUGGGGUGCACCCAUCAUCUGGGAUGGGAUGUUCAACCCAGAUGUUUAUGAUCGGACCCAUACAAAAGACCAUACAUCGGUGGCCUUGACUGUAUUUGCUGUGGGCAGGUACCUUGAUGUGUACUUGAAGGACUUCUUGAUCUCGGCGGAGCUCCACUUUAUGGUGGGUUUUCCUGUGACUUACUAUGUCUUUACAGAUGUCCCAGAAAAGAUUCCGGCCCUAAAACUGGCAUCAGGGCGAGAGCUGAAAUUUAUGCCUGUGAAACGCCACUCUCGGUGGCAGGACAUCUCAAUGAUGCGCAUGAAAUCCAUCAGGGACGCCAUCGACAGCUAUAUCCAGCAUAAUCAUCAGUAUGUCUUCUGCAUGGACGUGGACCAGGUCUUCAGGGGCCGCUUUGGCACCGAGGCUUUGGGGGACUCUGUGGCCCUCCUCCACGCGCACUACUACCAUCGCUUCAGGAGAAUGUGGACCUACGACCGAAACCCCAAGUCCCAGGCCUACAUGGCGGACUCUCAGGGCGACUUCUACUACCACGCAGCAGUGUUCGGUGGGUCCUGGCAGAGCGUGAAGCAGAUUACAGACACAUGCUAUCGCACAAUCAUGGAGGACAAAAAGAAUCCGGUGGAGGCUCUGUGGCACGAUGAGAGCCACCUGAACAAGUACUUCUGGAAGCACAAGCCCAGCAAGGUGCUGUCUCCCGAGUACUGCUGGGAUACCUCCAUUGGGUAUCGCAGUGAUAUCCAUAUUGCACGACUCCUCUGGCAAAAGAAGCUAUCUGACCGGCUUAGGGGCACAGGAAGCUGAUGGUGGAGCUGCCUAUGCAAGCAGCAGUAUACCGAUGCUUAAUUUAUUUGCCUGAUGCUUUUAUCCAAAGCAACUUACAUAUGUCCCUUUAUUACAAGGGCCAGUCUCCCUAAAGCAACUCAGGGUCAAGGCUUAAGUAAUAAGUAAUAAUUAAGAGACAUAAAAAACAGAAUGAUUAAAUGACAAAAGACAAAACAAAUUACAGGAACACAGCCAACAACUUAGUGAUAGUGAUCCUAGUCAAACAGCCAGUGAACAGUAGCACUCUAUUAUAAUUUAUUCCACUACUUGGUUGAAUUUCCCAUUGUCCUACGUAAUUUAGAACGACCAUUAACCGUAUGUUAUUUGCACACCUAUGAAGUAGAUCCAUUUUUUGGCCGUAUCACACUUGUAUAUUAAUUCGCCGAACUCGUUGUGAAGUUUAAAUGAACCGUCACGUUGCAUCCGAGCUGUAAAAUGCAGACGGUCAGAACAAAGUAACUGUCAGAGUUGCAGUAUGGAGAGCUGGACCGAGGUGCAGGGCAAGUCGAGAACGAGGCACACUUAAGGAGGGACAACAAACCUGUCCCUCCAAAAAACCUGUCCCUCCAACAAAGGAGGGACAGGGACCACAGGAUCGUUAUCGAGGAGAUGGGAUUGGAGCUGGAAUGGGAGAGGGACCCGGCCAUUCCUCCCCAGAGGCCCAGACGUCCUCAUCGGAGGCCCAGUCGUCCUCCAAGGCACUGGAGAACCGUCUGAUGGCAAGCCGGGUUCCCCAAAAGGCCGACUUCCCAAAAUCACCAGAAAAAUGAGCAAUGUACUUGCCUGCUGGGUCCUUGUUUGGUUCUGUCAUUCUGUCAGGGUUGCAGUAUGGAGAGCUGGACCGAGGCGCAGGGCAAGUCAAGAACGAGGCACACUUAAACUUGAAACCAGGAAUCUUUAAUGCAAAUGCACACUACAACCACGAAACAACAUCAAUGACCGACAGGGGACUGAGGGAGACAGAGGGUUUAAAUACACGGGUUAAACAAGGCACAAGUGGACAAGAAACAAGAGACAGGUGAACACAGGGCUGGAAAUCAUAAUUAAACUAGCAGACUAAUAAUGAGGAACAGGUGAGGGGCGGAGACACAGGGAACUAAGACAUGGCAAGACAAACAAAGGAGCACAUGGCUGACAGGAACUAAAACACAGGGACAGGAAGUAAACACAGGAGCACAUGGCACAGGAGGUAAACAAAGGAGGGACAGGGAACACAGGAUCGUUACAGUAAGAUUGUAGCAUAUGACGGAGGUGGCUUUUAGCUAGAUGGAUGACAGCAGGCUAGGUAAAAUAGCGAUGUUUCAAAGCUAAAGUUCAUCAGAAUUUUGGGAU